GGGCAGGCAACACUACUCUUCCUAAACCUUUCAUUUCUUUCCUAGGUUCCCUGGUUGUGAAAAUAGAUGAGAUAAAUCAUGAAGGCAGCUAUCGUCUUUCUCCUGCUUGCACAAGUUUCCUGGGCAGGACCAUUUCAACAGAGAGGCUUAUUUGACUUUAUGCUAGAAGAUGAGGCUUCUGGGAUAGGCCCAGAGGAUAAAUCUCCUGAGCUUCCUGAACUGGAACUCCUGGGGCCGGUGUGCCCCUUCCGCUGCCAAUGCCAUCUUCGAGUUGUCCAGUGUUCUGAUUUGGGUGAGUGGGCCACAAGCUCUCUUUACUUACCUUAUUUGUUUUAUUCUUGGGAAAGGAUACUCUAAGAGUUUAGCCUUUUCAGUUUGAAUCUCUGCAAUUCAAAUGCAAGAGACAGUGCCACCUAAUGAGAAGGAAAGAGAAGUA